AGGCAAUUUUAGUAGUCAUUUACUGUUCGCGAGAAAAAGACAUGGACCUGUAUUAUUUGCCCUUCGCAUCGCCCAGCCGCGCUGUCGUCAUGACCGCCGCCGCAGUCGGUGUCACGCCCAACAAAAUCGUAGUGAACACCUACGAGAAGGAGCAACUGAAACCAGAGUAUCUGAAGAUCAAUCCUCAGCAUACUGUUCCCACUCUCGUGGACAAUGGCUUCUCGGUGUGGGAGUCGCGUGCUAUCAUGGUCUAUCUGGCUGAGAAGUACGGCAAGGAUGAUUCUCUCUUCCCCAAGGAUCCUCAGAAGCAAGCUGUGGUCAACCAGCGUCUUCACUUCGAUUUGGGUGUCCUAACUCAAGCCUUCGGUGAAUAUUACUACCCUAUUUUCCGUGAUGAGGCUCCCGCCGAUCCCGAGAAAUUCAAGAAGGUCGAGGCUGCCUUUGAGUUCUUGAACACCUUCUUGGAAGGUGAAAAGUACGUUGCUGGCGAUCACUUCACAGUUGCCGAUAUUGCCAUCCUCGUUACUGUGACAACCUACUUGGCUGUCAACUUCAAGAUCGACAGCUAUCCCAACGUUCUGAAGUGGUACAACAGUGUUCAGAAGGAGGCUCCUGGGUGGGAGGAGAACGUUGAGGCUGCCAAGGAAUACACAAGGCGCUUGGAGGCAGCACAGAAGAAGUAAACUCCAAGUACACCGUUAAGAUGUAUAAUUUAUAAUUAAUAUUUGAUAUAUGUUAUAAAGAAAUAAAUAGUAUUA